CCUUUCUCCUCCUCUCCCCUGAACCGAAAACCCCCCUCUGGAAUCCCACCUCCCGAAAAAGUCGGCGGCUGGCCAAAAUUUCGGGUUGCCAACGUUUCGCGGGCUGGUUCACCGAUGCUCAACCAGCCAUCCUUAGACUCGAGCUGCGGUUCACCCGUCCUUCCUCGCAUCGUCGGCCGUUGGCUCCCGUCACUUGCUGACCUGACGCCGCGCCCACCACCGCCAUCGCACUAACCCGCGCCGUCGCGCUGCCACAGAGCCUGUCCGCCUGGGCUUGCACCUCUCCAGCUGGCUCUCUAGCUCCCUAUCCUCAUCCACCGGCUUCGACGCCCGCCCCCCCGUUCGAGCCACGACGACGUCCGGACCACGCAUUCGGGUCGCAAACCAUCCAGCGGCUGCUCUCGCAUCGUCGGCGCAUCCCCCUCGAACCCGAGACGAAAGCAUAGCAUUUCGAAGCCAUCGCACACCCAGCCUUGAGCGCCGCGGCUUCAAUCCAACCGCCGCCGAGCGGUCCUCCUCUCUCCCACCUCGCCGAACAUGGCUUUCCUCUUCAAGUCCAAGAAGAGCCAGGACCGCGCGUUGUCGAGUCGCGAUGGCAACUCCGGCUCCCAGGGCUCUAUCCAGAGCGCCAGCUCUCGCAUGGCCCGCGACGAGAAGGGCGCCCUGGCACAGCGCUCCACGCCCACGGGCAGCCUCACCUCUCUAGACAACGAUGGCAGCGUCGGGAGCCCAGACCGUGGCCAUGGUCGCCGCGGAGGCAGCGUUGACAAUACGCAACCCAGUGAUCUGCCUCUUCGCAACGGACCACAACCAACAAACCCAAAUGCGUCGCUCUACCCCUGGUCGCAGCGUCGGUUAACCUAUACCACGUCACACCCGAGUCCCUUCCCCCGCUAUGGCGCCGCCGUGAAUGCGACGUCGUCCAAGGAGGGCGACAUAUACAUGAUGGGCGGCCUCAUCAACAGCUCGACCGUCAAGGGCGAUCUCUGGAUGAUUGAGGCCGGCGGCAACAUGGCUUGUUAUCCCCUUGCCACGACUGCAGAGGGCCCAGGGCCCAGGGUCGGUCACGCCAGUUUGCUCGUCGGCAACGCAUUCAUUGUCUACGGCGGCGACACCAAGAUUGAGGAGUCGGACGCGCUGGACGAGACGCUUUAUCUCCUAAAUACCUCAACUCGACAUUGGUCACGCGCCCUGCCCGCCGGCCCUCGCCCGUCCGGACGCUAUGGGCAUUCCCUGAACAUUCUCGGUUCCAAAAUCUACAUUUUCGGUGGUCAGGUCGAGGGCCACUUCAUGAAUGAUCUCUCAGCUUUCGACUUGAACCAGCUGCAAAUGCCCAACAACCGUUGGGAAAUUCUCCUACAAGGCGAGUCGUCGCCCAAGGCUCCGGCCGCUCGCACGAACCACUCAAUGGUCACGUUCAAUGACAAGAUGUACCUGUUUGGUGGCACAAACGGCUACCAAUGGUUCAAUGACGUAUGGUGCUACGACCCGGCCGUCAACACGUGGGCGCAGCUGGAUUGCAUAGGCUACAUCCCUGCCCCUCGAGAGGGCCACGCUGCGUCCCUCGUGGACGAUGUCAUGUACGUCUUUGGUGGUCGCACGGAGGAGGGCAGCGAUUUGGGAGACCUUGCCGCCUUCAGGAUAUCCACGCGAAGGUGGUACACAUUCCAAAACAUGGGCCCAUCUCCGUCGUCCCGUUCUGGCCAUAGCAUGACGACGGUUGGCAAGUCGAUUGUGGUUCUUGGCGGCGAACCGAGCUCCGCGGCGUCGGCCAUCAACGAUCUCGGCAUCCUCUAUGUUCUAGACACGAGCAAGAUUCGCUAUCCCAACGACAGUCAACAAGGCGCGCAAAAGAUAACCCAGGGCCGUCGACCGAGCGCGAGCGACGUGCAAAAUCCUCCCCGCGCGAUGCCCGCUCGAGAAGGCUCUAUCGGCCCGUCAGACUCUAGAAAGGGCAGCGGCGGCGCAAUUGCGCCCAUGGUCACUCCUACGAACGGACACAAGUCCCCCACGCCGGGAGUCGAUGCCCGCGCCUCCCCGAACUCGGCGGCAGCGGGCCCGGCGGCGGCGGUCAAGUCUCGAGCUGCCCUGACCUCGAGCCCUGCUGGACCCCCACCGCAAGGGCCGACACCCGCGAAACCUACAGGCGAUCCGCCGUCAAGCGUCGGACGAGUCCGUGGGCUUUCCGCCGACCGCGCUGGCGCGACACCCCCCGCCCAACCCCCCGCCUCGCGUGAUGCGGGCGCCGAGAACGCGGCCGCGGGCGUCAACGGUCGCCGGACGCCCACGCAUGCCGCCCGUGGACCUGCAAAGCAAGAGCUGGCUGCCAUCGAGCCCACAAAGACCAAACAGACCCGUCAUGGGCAAUCAUCGGGCUCCGUCGAUAGCUCGACGGAAGCCGCAGCAAGGGCCGUGAGACCGUCCUCGCCCCCGCCGCCAACGCGACAGCCGAGCAACCCGUUGUCCAGACGGUCGUCCGGUCGCAAUUCCCAGACAGUCGCCCUCCUCAAGGAGCUGGACGCGUCACGGAACAGGAAUGCUUGGUACGCAUCAGAGCUCGAGCUCGCCCGCAAGUCUGGCUACGUUUCGACCGCGACCUUUAGCCCGACUCUCGAUGCCAAGGCUGCCGAAACCUUUGACGACGAGGAUCGGCCCUUGAUCGAGGCCCUCCUAGCCAUGAGGACCGAACUGGCCAAUGUCCAGAGCGCCGUGGACAAGCAGGCCGUUCUCUCUGCGAAGCAGAUUGCCGAGGCCGAGAAGCAACGCGACGCCGCGAUACAGGAGGCCGUAUACGCCAAAGCCAGGCUGGCUGCCCAUCAGGGAGGAUCCGCCAGCAGCACUCCGCAACUCGACCGCGACCGAGACGACGGCACCUAUCGGGAGAGCGAGCUGAGCAAAAAGCUCGCUUCGGCACUGCACGUUCAGAGAAGCCUGCAGUCGCAGGUAGAAACCGCCAGGAGCGAGCUGGAGGCGGAGAAGAAGGCUCGAAAACUCGCCGAUGACACGGCCGGCGCGGCGCAAAGGCGCAUGGGGGACCUCGAGACGUACAAGCAGCAGACCUCGACCGAAGUGGAGCGACUCAAGGCUGAGCUCCAUCUCAUGCAGCGCGAGGCCCGCGACCAGUCGGUCGCUUGCGCAGAGGCAGUCGCGGCCCUCGAGCUUCUCAAGAUCGAAAAGGAGGACUUUGCGACCAAGUACGACGAGGCCGUUGGCAACGCCAAGGACCACGACGAGAGUUUCCAGUCACUGCGAGACGCCAUCGCUGCAUCCGAAGAUGCCAGGACCCACCUGGAGCAAAAGCUCGAGGAGGAGCGUGCACAGAAGCAGGACAUCGAGGCCAAGUUGAGCCAGCUGAAGGCAGAGCACGAAGCACGCACAACAGAACUCGUCUCGACCACGCAGCGCCUACAAGAUGCUGAAGAGCUCGCCAAACGACAUGCCCACGAGGCCAAGACGCAUCGUCAAGCCGUGCUUGCGGGUCUCGACAAGAUCUCGACGAGAGAUGUCAGCGCCGUCGGCAAGGCAGACACGGAGCGCCUUACCGCGCUGCAGAACCAGGUCGCCGCCGCAAACGCACUGGUCAAGAAGUACCAGCAGGAGGCAGACACCGCCGCCGCCAAACUCCGAAGCGCUGAGGAACGCAUCGCGGGUCUGGAGCAGUAUCAAGAGCAAGCCAGCCGCGAGGGCGUGACCAUCAGGAGACAGCUGCAGUCGUCUCUGCGAGAGGUGCAGUCCCUGCAGGCUGCGCACUCGGACGUCAAAAAUCGACUGGCAGCCCAGCAGCUGGAGACAAACGCCAUGACGGUGCAGCACAACGCGCUCAAGGAUAUCCUCAACGAGCGAGGCAUCAGCCCGACGAGCGCCGUUCGCGGCCGCGGCCUCACGAGCCCGCGAGAUACAUCCCCCGAGCAGACUCGGAUGCGGGACCUCGAGAUGCAGCUCGCCAGCGCCACGGCGGCUCAUGAGGAGGUCAAGCAGGCCUUUGCGGCGCAAGCGCAAGAGUCGGAGCUUGCGUACCGUGAGAAGCUCUCACAGCUCGAGAGCGACUAUCAGUCGGCCGUGCACUACGUCAAGGGGACCGAAAAGAUGCUUAAGCAGCUCAAGGACCAGCUCUCUCGCUACAAGACUGACAACGGCCGUCUCAAGGCCGAGAUCGAGGAGCUCGAGAGCCGGGCGCAAGAGGGCGGCGGUGACAGGUCGGUGCCACCUGGCGACUGGGAGAACGAGCGCGACGCUCUCCAUAAGAGGAUCGAGGGUCUUGAGGCGGAGCUGCGGAACUCGAGCGCGCAGCUGGACAAGGGCCUCCAGUCUCUGAGGACAGAGCUGGCCGAGAGCAACCGGCAGCGAGACGAGGCCGCCAAGGCGGUCACGUCGCAUCGCAAGGAUCUCGAGCAGCUCCAGUCGGAGAAUGCUCUUCUCGAACAGCGCGCCACCGACGCGGAGCAAAAGGUGUCGCUCCUUCUCGACCAAGUCGAGCACUCGGUGGACAGCUAUCGCCGCCGCAGCCGCCAGCUGCCUGCCGAGGCUGUCGCCGAGGCCGCCUCCAAUGCCAACGGCCUGGGCGGCGGCCAUGCCCGCAGCGAGAGCUCCGGGACGGAGAGCGCGUACGGUGGCAACGGUCUCGACAAUAGGGACAGCGCGGCCCUGGACAACCUCGCGAGCGAACUGGAGACGCUGCGCAGCCAUUGGGAGGCGACUAACAAGAACUACCGGCUGAGCACCAACUUCGACUUUGACCAGCCGACGCCCGUUAGCAAGAAGGAAGACGAUGCCCUUCCCGGGGCUGCGCUGGGUCUGAGCGAGAGCCUCGCCGACUGGAGGAAGCGGCUCGAUACCGAUGACCACCAGACGGGCGCCGACAAGCCACACCAAAACUAAUUCCGGGAUUUCCCUGCUACGUGCAUUCAUGACCAUGCAUUCCAACGAUAUACCCCGCGGACCUUUUUGUUCUUAUUUUCCUCCUUUCCCGCCGUCGUCCAGCGCAUAUACGAGUUUGGCGACGUCUUGUACAUUCCAUCAGCCUGCUGCUGCUUUCAGCCCUUGCCGUCUCCUCCGGGUCCCGGAAGGGGGGCUGAGGCAGGGCCUCGGAGUUUGGGGGGAAAUGAGUUGACUUGUUUCUUGCCUCGUUCCGUUCCCCUUUGCCGGCCGUUUUAUUCUCGUUACCCCUUGUUCCUCUUCUCAUUGCGAGUGACGCAUACAGCUCUCGCUUCAAUGUCUAAGUCUAAAUUUGUCGGUUUGAAGCAACAUUAUAUCGACGCCUUUCCUCUUUCACGGGUUACCCUCCCUGCAUGGCGAGGGGCAGGGCUGUCACGUUGGCUUUGCGCGCGGUCCGCGGGCGCAUAUGCAAGCAUGCGAGCUUUUAUCUAUCUAUCACUCGCUGCCCUGUACCUGUAUCUGUCUGUCUGUCUCUCCCGCGCCUGUCCCCUCUCUGUGUGCCCAGUGCCGUGAGCAGCGGAAAGGGCACUCUUUAUCUGCGUCUGAGCAUUUACAGACGCUACCGGGAACCUCGCCUUCUGUGGUGGCGGGGGCGGGACUGGGCGCCUAUUGGUCUUGUGCGAAGACGAAGGGCGAGAGGUUCGGGGAGGGUGCGGCGCCUUUUUCGUGCGGCUCUUGUGUCUUUCGGUUUCCCCCUCCGUCUACUUACUACGCACGCGCAAAAAUGGGAUGGACGGCUCUGGCUAGCUAGGGCUCUGCUUGAAUGAUGAAAUGAAGUUAUCUUGAGAUGACGAUGGGGGCUUGAUUGGUUUCUGUAUCAUGUACGGGGCGUCGCGUUGCGCUGGGUGUGGAUGAUGACUGCGGUGGCGGUUCUUUGCUCGCCUCGGACGGACGGGCAUGUGAAGGUUGACAACGGUUGGUACAUUGCGUGCUUCGCGAUGGGAAGUGAAGGGCUUCUUUGUAUGUGCGCAGUUCGGCUCUCGAAUGUAUUUACGUGUAAAAAGACGUCGAUCGCUGUCCCGUGCUGCUGCAACGCUAUCUAGUUGUGCCUUUUGCUCGC